AGAAAAGCCGAAAAAGACGCCAUCAAAACAAUAAACACCCUCUCAACCAUUAGUGCCAAAUAUUCAGCUCUUAUACGGUGAACAAGCGGCAGUGCCCGACAAGUGCGUCAUCCAGAUGGAAUUUUCAGUGAAAAAGUGGUGCUAAUUUAGUAGAAACGACUGUCCAGUACUCAAAACGUUGCAAAUAGUGUAAUAGCAUCGAAAAGCGAUUCCUCAGUAGAUUUGAGUAUUACCGUCAGUGAUGGGGUGCUUCGAAAGUAAACCCAGCGAUGAUCAGCAUCAGCCUACGGCUGUGCGAGGCUGUACCGAUAUAUUUUGGCUAAUUGUUUAUGUUAUAUUCUGGGCUGCGUUGCUGGUGAUCGCAGUAUUCUCCUUCGUAUACGGCAACCCGCUGCGUAUCAUCAAUGGCUACGAUUCCUUCGGCAACACAUGUGGCGUUGAGAGCAACGAAAAAUUUUCCCACUUCCCAUUGUCUGGCAUGAACACGCUGGACAAGCCGUACGUAUUUUUCCUGGAUCUAAAGGAACUCCGGCAGACGCUGAAGAUCUGCGUCAAAGAAUGCCCCAAAAAGGAUAUCGAAAAUGCUAUGGAACUGUAUCGGUACUAUGAGGAAAGAGGAAGCAAGUACUGUCGGUACGAUUUCAACAUGAGUCUGCUAGCGACACAGGAGGCCACAGGACCGAAGUACUUUGCGUUUGCGGGGCCGUGUCCGAAGUUUCCGGUUUACGAGGCAAAACCGGUGCUUCAUCGUUGCAUACCGACUGGGAAAAAUGCUCCCCUGCAUCAUGUGAAGGAUAUGUAUGCACUGAUCAAUUCCUGGGGAGCUGCACAGCAGGUGUUCAGCGAUUUGUACAAGACUUGGCCAACGGUUGUGCUGAUUUGUGGGCUCAGUUUAGUUUUUUCGAUAAUUCUAAUCACCAUGUUGCACUGGUUAACGGCUAUUAUAUCGUGGGUUAUUUGCAUUUUUGUUGCUGUAGCGAGUAUUGCGAUCACUGCGUUACUAUGGUGGAGUUACUACAAGACGAAACACAAUAUGGAUGUUGAUCCGAAGCUGUCGUAUCUGGAGGAGUUGGUGCGAAAUGAAACCACUAUCUAUGUACUAGCAAUAGCGGCUACAUGUAUAAUGAUUAUACUGCUGGUUAUCAUUUACUAUCUUCGGGAAAAAUUAAGUGGUUUAGCGGCAUUGUUUGAAGAGGCUGGCAAGUGCAUGAUUGAACUCCCCGGACUAGCAGGACCCCCGGUUCUGGCUUUUAUUUCGUUGGCUCUAUUUCUUACAUUUUGGGUAGUGGUAAUUGUUUGUUUGGCUACUGCCAAUUACCCCAAUGUAAGACCGCUACUGCCAUUCACUCAAUUGAAGGAGAAUCCGAACAAGACUGAAGCUGACGUAAAGCCGGACAUGCCAGCGAACAACAACACGUACAAAUCAUUCGACCUAGUUGAAUACCCUGAGGCUGACUACCUUCGUCACAUGCUCUGGAUCUACAUUAUUGGACUGAUUUGGACAACGGAAUUUAUUUUCGCCUGCCAGCAGCUAGCUAUUGCAGGAGCCGUAGCGUACUGGUACUUCCGUAAGCCGACCGACGCCCCGGUUCUGCAAGCUAUCGGCAAACUAAUCAAGUAUCAUCUGGGCUCGGUUGCAAAAGGAUCGUUCAUCAUUACCAUCUUCAAGAUUCCCCGUUUGAUACUGACCUAUUUAUACACGAAAUUGAAACGACAUCAGCAAGAGGGAUCGGAAUGUGCAAGCUGCUGUCUUAAGUGUUGCAUCUGUAGUUUCUGGCUACUGGAGAAAUUCAUCCGCUAUCUGAAUCAUAAUGCCUACACGGUCAUUGCAAUCGAAAGUGUCAAUUUCUGUCCAGCUGCCAAAAUUGCCUGGAAUGCACUGGUGACAAAUGCUCUGCAGGUAGCAACCAUCAACGGUAUCGGCGAUUUCGUGCUGUUUUUAGGAAAAUUGGCCGUAGCAGCAUUGUGCGGGGUGAUCAGUAUUCUGCUGCUACGCGACAACCCGAACGUACACUUCUACAUGGCGCCAGUCAUAAUCAUCACCAUCUUUUCAUUUUUCAUCGCUCACAUUGUCCUGUCGCUGUAUGAGAUGGUUGUGGAUACCUUGUUCCUGUGCGUCUGCGAGGAUCGUACAAUCAACGGAAACUCGGGUCGCUGGAAGGAAAGUAACCUGGCUCGGCUUUUGGGCGAAGCUCCUGAAGUAGAUGCAGUCGAAGCUCCGAUGCAGGUCGUGGAAAUGACUCCGAUUACCAAGCAGCCGUUCUCGAUGCAAACUCUGCAACUGACUGAGAUCGAAAAUAACAAAGCAUAGAGUUUCCUCAGCGCGAGGCAAGCGCAACGUGCAAGCACAAAAGACGUCACAUUUAUUUUUUGGUAAUACGAAUAGGCGAUCGGUAUAUGAGUCUCUUCGCCUAUAUUUGAUAUAAGGCAGUUUAUAAAGCGUUAAGCGGCUUCACAGAAACGAAGUUUCUACGUUUUGCAACAGUAAGCUUUUCUUGCUUAAACAGAAAAAAAUGUAUUUUUUCUGAUACAAAAAUAACAAGAGAGAAGUGUUGACUGUUGGUAGCUUACCAGCAUCUAUUUACAAGAUGGCAUUUCAUCUAUUUAAGCUGAUUCCAUCCAGAAUUUUGUAAAAUGUUUAAGUAUUCAAACCAUCUUAAAUCUCACGCACAAAGACGAUGUUUAAACUAUUUGAAGAAAGAAAACAAUGCUUAAAUGUUGUAUUUAAUAUUUAUUGUAUGCAUUUUUAAAUCACACAAAUAUCUCCUCUAUCAAUUGGGCCAAAUUAAAUAUUAACGUUCGCUCCACCAAGAACAUUAACACAUUGAAACUCACGUUCAAAAUACCAUAAUUAAAUGUAGCUACUCAUAAUAAUCGGUUGAUUCAUUGUUGAAAAAGUUAGUUUUGCCAGAUUUUAUUCCCAUAUUGAUGUUUAUAACGCCAGUUCAGAUUAUAAAAAAACAGUUUAGAGAUGAGUACAGAUUUGCUAUAUUAUAUAUACUAAUUAGUAACAUGAUAUACACCAACAAUCUGAUGUAAUAAUUGGACUAUAAAUAAAAUCGCUAAUUGUGAGCUCAAACAA